CUUCCCCACCCCAUUUUUAAUCUCUCAUUGUGAACAGAAGUCAAGUAGCAAACAGCGUGACAGCAACUGAGUUCAUUACAACCUGCUUUUUUCAUACGGAUAUAACAGACUUCUUUAAGGAGAAAUCCUCUAUGACAAUCAGCUACUAAAAGCAUAGGGCGAACAACUUGGAGAACAGCUACUGUUUCUUAAAUCACUCUACAGUUAAAAGAUAGGAGAAGGUUGAUAACCUAGGAGCAGCAAUCAAUUCAAGAUUCAAUUUUCAUUAUGUUAUUCAUGAAUAACACCUGGAGCACUACACUAUAAUGCGCAAAUGGAUACUGACAUGGAUCCUGCCAACUUUGCUCUACAGAUCGUUCUUCCACAUUAUCUGUUUAGUGGGCACUAUAGCUUUAGCUUGCAAUGACAUGACUCCAGAGCAAAUGGCCACAAAUGUGAACUGUUCCAGCCCUGAGCGACAUACAAGAAGUUAUGAUUACAUGGAAGGAGGGGAUACAAGAGUGAGAAGACUUUACUGUCGAACACAGUGGUAUCUGAGGAUUGAUAAAAAAGGAAGAGUGAAAGGGACACUAGAGAAGAAGAACGAUUAUAAUAUCAUGGAAAUCAGGACAGUAGAAAUUGGAAUUGUGGCAAUCAAGGGGGUGGAAAGUGAAUACUACCUUGCAAUGAACAAGGAUGGAAAACUCUAUGCGAAGAAAGAAUGCAACGAAGAUUGCAACUUCAAAGAAUUUAUUCUGGAAAAUCAUUACAAUACCUAUGCAUCAGCUAAAUGGACACAUGGUGGAGAAGAGAUGUUUGUUGCCUUAAAUCAAAAAGGGAUUCCUAUUAAAGGAAAGAAAACGAAGAAAGAACAAAAAACAGUCCACUUUCUUCCGAUGGCAAUAACCUAAUAAUACAUGAUAUAUAAGAAACCAGUUCCAGCAGGGAGAUUUCUUAAGUGGACUGUUUUCUUUCUUCUUUUUUUCUUUUUCUUUUCUAUUUUAAAAAAGUAACUAAGAAAGGCUGGAAAACUACUGAAAAACUGAUCAAGCUGGACUUGCGCAUUUAUGUUUAUUUUAAGAGACUGCAUUAAAGAAAGAUUUGAAAAAUAUACACAACAAUCAGAUUUAG